AUGAGGAAAGACGGCCACUAUAUUAAUUUGAUACAUCCAUUAGAGUAUUUUGAAAGGAAAAAAUACUGGAUUCUUGAUCACAAAAAAAACCAACAUUUGAAAGAAGCCCGUGGACCUGGAAGGCCAAAAAUGAUGAGACAAUGGCAAAAGAA